AUAUAUGCUCAAACCAUUUAUGUUGCUUAGAGUUGGAGAGAGAGAGGAGAGUUGUCCAUACCACCAUAUAGAGAGAGAAAGACAUGGAGAAGACUACAAGCCUUCGCCCUCAAAAUGGCAUUUCUACUGACAAGUUUGAUGAUGAUGGCCACCCCAAACGAACUGGAACUGUGAUGACUGCAAGUGCACAUAUAAUAACAGCAGUGAUAGGGUCAGGGGUGUUGUCAUUGGCAUGGGCUAUAGCACAGUUGGGUUGGAUUGCAGGCCCAAUUGCACUGAUUUUAUUCUCUAUCAUCACUGCGUUUACUUCUCACAUGCUUGCUGACUGCUACAGAGACCCUGUUACUGGCACCAGAAACUACACUUACAUGGAUGCUGUUAGAUCUAAUCUAGGAGGAAUAAAAGUCAAGCUCUGUGGAGUGGCACAGUAUGCAAAUCUUGUUGGAGUAACAAUAGGAUACACUAUCACUACAGCUAUUAGCAUGGCGGCUAUAAAAAGAUCGAAUUGUUUCCACAAGCAAGGGCACAAAGUGGGUUGUCAUACAUCAAACAAUAUCUUCAUGAUGAUAUUUGGGGUGAAGCAGAUAAUACUCAGCCAAAUACCAAACUUUCAUGAUCUUUCAAUACUGUCCAUCGUCGCUGCUAUUAUGUCCUUCACUUACUCUGCCAUUGGCCUCGGCCUCGCCAUUGCCAAAGUUGCAGAGGGGCAUCAUCCGAAGACAAACCUAACAGGAAUACCAAUUGGAGAGGAUGGAAUGACAAAUUCACAGAAAAUAUGGAACACCUUCCAAGCACUUGGUAACAUCGCUUUUGCCUAUGCUUUCUCUAAUGUCCUCAUUGAGAUACAGAACACACUAAAAUCUACCCCACCGGAGAAUGUAGCAAUGAAGAAAGCUACCUUGAUUGGGAUUUCAGUCAGUACCAUGUUCUAUAUGUCAUGUGGACUUGUCGGUUAUGCAGCAUUUGGGAACCACGCGCCAGGGAACUUUCUGACUGGAUUCGGCUUCUAUGAACCCUUUUGGCUUGUCGACAUUGCUAACGUGUGCAUUAUUGUUCAUCUUGUUGGAGCCUAUCAGGUAUUCUGUCAACCAAUAUUUGGGUUCGUUGAAAGUUGGAGCAGCAAGCGAUGGCCACAAAGUGGAUUCAUAGCAAGAGAAUACCCCAUUGCCAUGCCAUUUGGAGGCACUUUCAACAGCAACCUCUUUCGGUUUGUCUGGAGAACAGCAUACGUGAUUUUCACAACUAUCAUCGCAAUGUUACUUCCAUUCUUCAAUGAUUUCUUGGGUCUUCUCGGUGCCUCUGCUUUCUGGCCCUUGACAGUGUAUUUUCCAGUUGAGAUGUACAUUUCACAAGCAAAGAUUCGUAAAUUUUCUUCCACCUGGAUUUGGCUGCAACUACUGAGCUUGUCCUGCUUGAUCAUAUCGCUCGUUGCCGCUGCCGGAUCUAUUCAAGGACUCAUCAAGGCCGUCCAGACCUACGAGCCUUUCCAAUCUAUAUCUUAACCGUCCCUUAGUCUCAAUUGUUGUAAAAAGUUAGUUAAUAACAAAUACAUAUAUUACUCUAGCAAUAUAUAUGUAUAUAUAUACAAUAAACCAUUGAAUGUGGUUUAUCAAACAAGUCAAUCAAUAGUCUUCUCCAAAUUGGAUAUGUUUUUGUUUUCUUUUCUGUAUAACACCUAACCAGUGCAUGGCUCCGAGACAAGAAGAACUAGAAUACGAUAUUGAUACGAUUUCAUCAUCUAGAGUAUCAACCCUUUUCUUUAUGAACCAAACCCAUUUUUUCAUAUACAUACACAUCCUGUAAAUAUUAG